AUGUCUUUCCCUCAGCUGGGGUACCCCCAGUUCCUCAGUGCCUCCCAUGAGGUGUACGGGGGCGAGCGGCCGGCCUCUGCCCGGGAAGGAGGCGCCGAGGGCGGCGUGAGCUCGUCCGCCACCGCCGCGGCUGUCGGCUCUAUGCUGGGGAUGUACGGGAGCCCGUGGGCGGCUCAUAACUACAGUGCCUUUCUGCCGUACAGCGGAGCCACAGACCUCGCCCUCAUCUCCCAGAUGGGCUCCCAGUAUGAGCUGAAGGAGAGUCCGGGCUCGCACCCAGCCUCCCUGCCCGUCCACGCCGCUCAGGGCUUCUACCCGUACGGCCAGUACCCGUACGGGGACCCGUCGAGGGCCAAGACGGCCACGCGGGAGACCACGAGCACCCUGAAGGCCUGGCUGCAGGAGCACCAGAAGAAUCCCUACCCGACCAAAGGAGAGAAGAUCAUGCUCGCCAUCAUUACCCGGAUGACGCUCACACAGGUGUCGACGUGGUUCGCGAACGCCCGCAGGCGCCUGAAGAAGGAGAACAAGGUAACCUGGGGCCGCAGCGCCGAGGACCGGGACGGCCGCAUCUUCAGCAGCGACAACGAGGACGAGCACGGCAAGACCGGCAGCGACGACGAAGACGAGGAGGAGGAAAUCGAUUUGGAGACCGUGGAUAUCGAGAGACCCGAGGAGCAGCGAGCAGAGGAGCAGGGCUCCGGGGGAGCAGAGGGAGAGGCGGGCCUGCCCGCCAGGGAGCAGGCCUCGGAGCCGAGGAGCUCGGAGAGCAGCAGGACGCUUUCUGGGGAGGGCCUGAGAGGGGUGGAAGCGGCUAUUUCGCUCAAUAAAUCGCCUGUUGUCAAACUCGCUGUGGAUCAUUCCCCCAGCAGACAGGAGUGCCAGAGACCGCAACAGAGCAAGCCCAAAAUCUGGUCCUUGGCUGAGACCGCCACGGCCCCCGACAGCUCUCACAAACCUUCCCCCGCGGCCCAUGCGCAUCACCCGGCUCUGGCCUCCGCCGGCCACCCGGCCUUACUCCCGGGUCAUGGGAUAUAUACAUGCCAGAUUGGCAAGCUGCACAACUGGGCCAAUGCGGCUUUUCUGAACGCCAACUCCCUUUUGAACAUGAGAUCGCUCCUCAGUGGGGCGCCGGCCGGACAGCUGCCUCUCCACGGCGUAGUGCCCGCUGCGCGUCUGGACGCAGGACCGGCGGCGGCGGCGGGCCCGGCCACUUCGGAGGAUGACAGUGAUGUAGAGUCGUCAGGGAGCUUCAGUCCGAAAAGAGAUGACGAAGAGAGCGACCACAGGCCCGAUUCCCUGAAGUCCCCGUUCCAGCUGAUCACCGACAGGCCACACCAUGGGACAGCAUCACAACGAGUUCUGACAACAACAUUAUGA